ACCCUUCUAGCUAGCAAGGCGAAGCUAACCUCCCUAAGAGGAAGGGCUUGAGGGGGCUGGAUUGGGAGGAGGGGCACGCUGGUGGCGGGGCUCAGCCCCAGCCCAGUCACUUUUCUUUUUCUUUUCUUUCUUUCUAUUCUCCUUCCCCGCUCCCAAGUCGGGAUCUCUAUGUGGCAUUGACUGUCCUGGAACUCUCUGUAGACCAGGCUGGCUUUGAACUCACAGAGAUCCACCUGCCUCUGCCUCCCGAGUGCUGGGUUUAAAAGUGAGCCCCACCACUGCCUGGCUGCUUUUCUUUUAGGCAGGAAAUGGGUAGCUUCAUUCAUGGAAAUGCAGAAGAAGCUGUUAGCCUCUGUAUGCUGAACUGAUCUUUCUCAGUUGGCCUGACUGGGGAAGGCUGGGGCAGCUAGGUAGAAAGCUCUGGAUUCUCAGCGGCUAGACUGGGCAAUCAGGUUUCUAUGGUAACAUAGAGGGUGCUGAGGGAGCCCUGACAGCUGUCUCAAACUAAUGAGAGUCAACAACAAAAAGCCCUUUAAUCCCAGCACCCAAGGUAGAGGCAGGAAGACCUCAGAUUGAGGCCAGCCUGGUCUACAGAGAGAGUUUCAGGGCAGCCAGGGCUACACAGAAAAAUCUUGUCUCAAAAAACAAAAAACCCUGGGGCUGGGAGAGGGAGCCAACAGCCCAGAGGGUUUCCCUUGUCUGCUGUUUCAGAAACCCCUCACUCUCGGCUCAGCAACUGUUCUCCCUGGUGUUAACCUGUUUUGUUUAGUUCUGGUUCUGGUGCAGGGUCAACUCAGCUCAUGGGAUCUCAGUGCCUGCUUGGCUCUUCCCUACUGGCUUCAGAUAGUCUGAUUUCCAGGACACAAACAACACCCAGGUGCCCAGAUCCCAGAUGUGAGGGGAGAUAGCAGCUGAGGGACAGCAGGCUCACUAUUCCCAAGGGCAGAGGCAUAGGGAAGGAUGGGCUUCCUCUGGAGAAGGGGCAGCAGGAGAGCUGCUGUGGUAAUCAGACUGCAGUUCAGAGUUCAGGCCUUCGGCACAUACCAGGCUUAGGAGGGACAGGUACUCCUCCGCUGAGGCCCCUGGUGUGCAGAGCUGGGGCAGAGGGCAGAGGGCGCCUGGGGCAGAGGGCGCCUGGAGUGCCGCCCCCGUGUCCUGUGGACCUGCCAGGUGAGCAGGUUUGUCAGUGGCCUUUGAAAGUUAAGCAUCCUUUCCUUGACCUUCCCAGAGAACAGGCAUACCCUCUUGUGCCCAAGCCUAAGGUUCCCUGAUGGGUACACCCAGGUCUCGCAGCACAGUGGGUGUUGACCCUUUUCUCAAGGGCACAUGUUGACAGAUCCGAACAGGGUGACCCAUUCCCUGGGGUUCCAGGGCUAUAGACAGCUGUGCUCAUCCCAUAGGCUGCUGACAGAAACCUACUGAGUGGCCUGAAAACGUGGUGGCUGGGGCUGGGGUCCUUGUGGGUAGGCAACGUGGCUCUCAUGAUUAGUCUGACCCUUCUUUAGCUCCCUCCCAGGCUGGGCCCAGACCCAGACCCCCAGAAGUCUUACUCCUCUCCGUCUUUUCCCAAAACUGCGGAGAUUAUCACCUAGCCCAAAGUGAAAGAGAAAGUCCUCCCCCCCAACCGAGGUCCGCCCCGCCCCGCGGCCAAUCCCCGUAGCCCUUUGCCUCCUCCCUCCCCUGCCGGCCUCUUUAUCUCUUCGGCAAGCGUGUUAGCUCUAGAGCCCCGGAGCAGGAGUUGUGCACACUCUGGGGUGCGCUCAGGGUGGCAGAAGUCUUGAAAUUGGUCUGAAGGUGAGGACAUCCCCUCCCCCACCAUCAGCCACCACCGCCAGCCACCCUCAUUGUCCUCGGCAGCCCCUCCCCACCAGUGCCUCCACUUAACACACCGCCUGGUCUGAGUCAGCCUCCUGCUUCACUUGGUGUAAAUGGCUGAUAAGCAGAUCAGCCUGCCGGCCAAGCUCAUCAAUGGUGGCAUCGCUGGGCUGAUCGGGGUCACCUGUGUGUUCCCCAUCGACCUGGCUAAGACACGGCUGCAGAACCAGCAGAAUGGCCAGCGCAUGUAUGCCAGCAUGUCUGACUGCCUCAUCAAGACAAUCCGCUCCGAGGGCUACUUCGGCAUGUACAGGGGAGCAGCAGUUAACCUGACCCUGGUCACCCCCGAGAAGGCCAUCAAGCUGGCAGCUAAUGACUUCUUCAGACAUCAGCUCUCUAAGGAUGGACAGAAGCUGACUCUGCCUAAGGAGAUGUUGGCAGGCUGCGGAGCUGGCACCUGCCAGGUGAUUGUGACCACCCCCAUGGAGAUGCUGAAGAUCCAGUUGCAAGAUGCAGGCCGCAUUGCUGCUCAGAGGAAGAUUCUGGCUGCUCAGGCUCAGCUCUCGGCCCAGGGAGGUACCCAGCCCUCAGUAGAGGCUCCAGCUGCUCCUCGACCCACUGCCACCCAGCUGACCCGUGACCUGCUGCGGAACCAUGGCAUCGCUGGCCUCUACAAGGGAUUGGGGGCCACACUGCUCAGGGAUGUCCCCUUCUCCAUUGUCUACUUCCCUCUGUUUGCCAACCUGAACCAGCUGGGCCGCCCAUCUUCUGAGGAGAAGUCACCUUUCUAUGUGUCCUUCCUGGCAGGCUGUGUGGCUGGGAGUGCAGCCGCCGUGGCGGUCAACCCCUGUGAUGUGGUGAAGACUCGGCUUCAGUCACUUGAGCGAGGCGUCAAUGAGGACACUUACUCGGGGUUUCUGGACUGUGCCAGGAAGAUCUGGAGACAUGAAGGCCCCUCAGCCUUCCUGAAAGGUGCAUACUGCCGGGCACUGGUCAUCGCCCCACUGUUUGGCAUCGCCCAGGUGGUCUACUUCCUGGGCAUUGCUGAGUCCCUGCUGGGGCUGCUGCAAGAACCCCAGGCCUGAGCCCGUGGCUGCUUCUCCCCAGCCUAUGGGCUGGGGCCAGAACAGGGUGACCAGCACAAGCCUGAGGAGGACUGGUCUCUCCCCGGUCCUCCCCGUCAAACAAGAAGGCAGGGGGAUGGUGCAGGGUCCACAUGGGUGGUGCACACAUAGGCCCCCAUGGGGUCCUGAGGGACAAAAAAUUGGGAUCAAGGUUUUAUUUAUGUAGAAAAUGCAGAAAUCUGUACAUUCCUUAAGCCAGUCCCGUUGAGCCAGUCCUGUCCCAUCCCUGUACCCUAACCCAGUCUUACCUGGCCUGAACACCCCUUAAGACAGAGCUGGUCUCUGGGCUGGGGCCCCCAGGCCUGGUCUGGGCAGGCAGACCCUACCCUGUAGUCCACUGGCUCUGGUCUCCGAGGCUCUCCUGUCUACGAAGGGGACCCACACACACACACACACACACAAAGUUAUUUAUUGAAUUUGCUGUGCCCACGUGGCUCUGCCUGUCCUCCGUCCAUCAGUCUGUUUGCCCCUGCUGCUCUUUCUGCCUCAACCAGGACCCCACUCUGCCUACCUUGCCAGCCUUAUAGGAGUAAGUUCUAUCCUCAUGUUAAGCUAGGAUUCCUAGGCUGGGUGUGCUGCCACAUUCAAUCCUGAUCCCAGGCACCCCACACAUACUCUUCCUGGUGAGCCUUUGGGCCCCCACCCUGUGUGGGACCUGGAUUGCUUGAGGUCUCUGUGUGCCUGUGAUGGGGCAGGUUGCCCCCCACCCCCUAGCAAGUCGGCUGGCCAGUCUGCAUGGGAAUGGGCCCUCAAGGGCACAGCUGCCUUUCCCAAUGGAGUCAGGCACCCCGUGCUUGUGUGCUGUGUGUGCCUCAGGUCUUCUGCUGACCCGUCCGUAAUUUAGUUCUCCAGCCUGGAAACUUCUGGUAGAGCCCUACUCCUGGACAGAGAUUGCUUGUGGGGGAAGGGGAGCAUGAAGGCCAGUAUGGAGCCUGGGCCAUCCACCUCUCUGGGCCUCUGGCCAUAUUUGAGAAGCCACACCCUUCCAGCCCUGGAUCCUCUGUUCUGAAUCAAAGCAGUCCUCAACCCCUGCCCUGGCCAUGUGAUUGUGUUUGGUGAUUGACUGAAGUGCUGGUGCUGUGUCCCUCGAGCCCAACCCCCUCCAUGGAGGCCCCUUCCCAGUGACACUACCAGGGCCCCAGUCCGGGCCAUCCCUCCUUCACGGUUGCUCCUGGGAGCCUCCCCUCCUAUCAUGUCUGUACCUUGAAAGCUGUUGCUGCUGCUUACAGAAUUAUAUUUUUUUCUUUUGAAGAGUUUAAGAAGUUGUAAUUUUUGUGUCUUGUCAUGUAAAAGAUAAAUAAAUAUUCUAAAUAAAA